AUGUUGAUCACCAGGAAGAUCUUGGUACUGCUGCUGCUGCUUGUAUUGCUGGGCCAUGCCGUAUGCAAGAAACAGUCCGUUCCUUGCACCAUAGCUGUUGAUCUUCCAAUUCCUCAUGCAUUUUAUCAGCCUGGUAACCUGAUCAUUGGUGAGAUUGUUUCUCAAGUCUUCUAUAUUUAUGACACUCCCUCAUUUAAAGAGCAGCCUGCACAGUUGUUUGUCUCCGAACCUAUAUCACUACUAAAGAACUACCAGCACAACCUGGCCUUGGCUUUUGCUGUAAAAGAGAUCAAUGAGAAUCCCAACAUUUUACCAAACAUCACUUUGGGCUUCCACAUCCUCAACAGCUACUACAGUGCAAAGAUGACCACUAAAGCCACCCUGAGUUUGCUUUCUUCACAGCACAAUUUUGUUCCCAAUUUCAAGUGUGACACCCAGAGCAAUCUGAUUGCAGUCAUUGGAGGACUGAGUUCAGAAGUGUCUGCCGAUAUUGCUACCACAAUCACCAUUUACAAGAUACCACAGCUCAUUUAUGGAUCGUUUUCCCCAGUGCAGGGUAACAAAUGGCUAGUUUCUUCUAUGUAUCAGAUGGUCCCAAAUGAAGACAUUCAAUAUAUGGGAUUUAUCCACUUAUUUCAACACUUCAGAUGGACGUGGAUUGCGCUGGUUGUUGUAAAUGAUGACAAUGGGGACAGGUUCUUGCAGAUCAUAGUGCCAAUGCUUUAUGAGAGGGGCAUCUGUUUUAAUUUCACAGUAAGAAUACUGCAACAGAAUUAUUUUGAAGAUAUGAUGGAAGAAAUUUUAAAGCAGCCAGAAUAUUUAAUUGUUCUUGCUCAAACCAAAGCCAAUGUGUGUUUUGUAUAUGGAGAAAGCUCAUCCAUGUUCGGUUUGAGAGUGUCGUUGUUUUUAGUAACCUUCAUUUCAUUUCCUCCCCUGCAUAAAGUGUGGAUUGUCACAUGCCACUGGGACUUUGAAUCAAUAUCUAUCCAAAGGAAUUGGGAUUUAGAAACCUUCCAUGGUGCUCUAUCUCUUGCAGUUCACUCCAAUCAGCCACCAGGAUUUCAAACAUUCCUGCAAUCUAUAAGUCUUUCCUGGUCAAAAGGAGAUGGUUUUAUCCAGCCUUUCUGGGAGCAGGCGUUCAGUUGUUCACUGAGGAAUCCAGAUGUUCAUGGGGACAGCAAGAAAAUGUGCACUGGUGAGGAGAAGCUGGAUUCAAUUCCAGUUGUUCUAUUUGAAAUGAGCAUGACUGGCCACAGCUACAAUGUCUACAAUGCUGCCUAUGCAGUGGCGCAUGCUUUACAUGCCAUCUACAUAUUCAGAUCUAAACGCAGGACAACUGAAGAAGGACAGAGUCCAGAGUUCUAUAAUGUGCGACCGUGGCAGCUGCAUUAUUUUCUAAGGAGCGUCAGUUUCAACAACAGUGCUGGAGACACAGUGUGUUUUGAUGAAAAUGGAGAAGUGAAAGCUGGUUUUGAUGUUACAAACUGGGUAACGUUCUCAAAUGGAUCUUUUGCCAGAGUAAAAGUGGGAAGGCUGGAUCCUCAGGCUCCUCCAGGCAAAGAGCUGAUACUGAAUGAUGAUCAAAUUGUGUGGCAUAGAACUUUUAACCAGGUGGUACCCCUUUCUAUCUGCAAUGAAAACUGUCAUCCUGGCUACAGCAGGAAAAAGAAGGAAGGGGAAAAUUUUUGCUGCUAUGAUUGUGCCCAGUGUCCAAAAGGAACAAUUUCUCAGGAAGAGGAUUUGGAUGCCUGUGUCAAAUGUCCAGAAGACCAUUAUGCCAACAACAACCGAAAUCAAUGCAUUCCCAAAGUCCUAAGUUUCCUCUCUUACAAAGAACUAUUGGGAAUCACCUUAGUUGUGUUGGCUGUUACCUUGGCUGUGGUCACAGUGUUGGUGCUUGGAAUUUUCAUAAAGCACCAUGAGACUCCCAUUGUCAAAGCCAACAACUGGAGCCUCACCUACAUUCUCCUUCUCUCCCUUCUUCUUUGCUUCCUCUGCCCCUUGAUCUUCAUUGAACAGCCAGGAAAGAUAACCUGCCUUCUCCGACAGACUACUUUUGCAGUUGUCUUCUCUGUGGCCCUUUCCACUGUAUUGGCCAAAACCACCACUGUAGUCUUAGCCUUCAUGGCAACCCAACCAGGAUCCAAGAUAAAGAAAUGGAUUGGGAAAAGAAUGGGCAAUUCUGUUGUCCUUUUCGGCUCCUUUAUUCAAGCAGGCCUUUGUACUCUUUGGCUAAGUACUUCCCCUCCAUUCCCUGAUAUGGACAUGCAGUCAAUUACAGGGGAAAUCAUCCUGCAAUGUAAUGAGGGCUCUGCUGUCAUGUUUUACUGUGUCUUGGGAUACAUGGGCUUCCUGGCCAUUGUCAGCUUCAUAGUGGCUUUUCUUGCCAGGAAGUUGCCAGACAGUUUCAAUGAAGCCAAGUUUAUCACCUUCAGCAUGCUGGUCUUUUGCAGCGUUUGGUUGUCCUUUGUUCCAACCUACCUGAGCACCAAAGGGAAAUCCAUGGUGGCUGUGGAAAUUUUUACCAUCUUGGCCUCCAGUGCUGGCUUACUGGGUUGUAUCUUUUGCCCUAAAUGCUAUAUCAUUGUGCUGAGGCCUGAGCUGAACAAUAGGGAUCAGUUAAUAAGGAGAAAGAGGUGA